AUCUGACGAGCGGCCAUUCAUCAGGCCGGCUGGCCUAUCAAUGACAUUGCUCCCAUCGGGGCUCCUAUAAAAUGAUGCUUUUUCCCAUGAAACAUCCGCAAACAUUUUGACGGGUUUGGCUUUGCCCGGCUGGAUUACUGAGUGUCCCCUCGCUCGCUCGCUUUUUCUCUCUCCCCCUUCACCGAGCUCGCUCCCUUCUCUCCCUCUCUCUCCUCUUUUCUUCUUUCUCUUUUCUUUCCUCUUCUUUUUCUUUUCUUUUCCUUUCCUUCUUUAUCCUUGUGCACCCUCACUCUCUGCGUCUCUCUCUCUCCCCUUCUCCUUCCCUCACUCCCUUCCUCCCUGGGCAUCUCUAGCACAGGGGAUCCCCAAACAUAAGGACUUUUGGGGGGCGCCUGUGCUGUCCAUGGGAAGAGCAUGCAUUGUGGGUUACUGGAGGAACCCGACAUGGAUUCCACAGAGAGCUGGAUUGAAAGAUGUCUCAACGAAAGUGAAAACAAACGCUAUUCCAGCCACACAUCUCUGGGGAAUGUUUCUAAUGAUGAAAAUGAGGAAAAAGAAAAUAAUAGAGCAUCCAAGCCCCACUCCACUCCUGCUACUCUGCAAUGGCUGGAGGAGAACUAUGAGAUUGCAGAGGGGGUCUGCAUCCCUCGCAGUGCCCUCUAUAUGCAUUACCUGGAUUUCUGCGAGAAGAAUGAUACCCAACCUGUCAAUGCUGCCAGCUUUGGAAAGAUCAUAAGGCAGCAGUUUCCUCAGUUAACCACCAGAAGACUCGGGACCCGAGGACAGUCAAAGUACCAUUACUAUGGCAUUGCAGUGAAAGAAAGCUCCCAAUAUUAUGAUGUGAUGUAUUCCAAGAAAGGAGCCGCCUGGGUGAGUGAGACAGGCAAGAAAGAAGUGAGCAAACAGACAGUGGCAUAUUCACCCCGGUCCAAACUUGGAACGCUGCUGCCAGAAUUUCCCAAUGUCAAAGAUCUAAAUCUGCCAGCCAGCCUGCCUGAGGAGAAGGUUUCUACCUUUAUUAUGAUGUACAGAACACACUGUCAGAGAAUAUUGGACACUGUAAUAAGAGCCAACUUUGAUGAGGUUCAAAGUUUCCUUCUGCACUUUUGGCAAGGAAUGCCGCCCCACAUGCUGCCUGUGCUGGGCUCCUCCACAGUGGUGAACAUUGUCGGCGUGUGUGACUCCAUCCUCUACAAAGCUAUCUCCGGGGUGCUGAUGCCCACUGUGCUGCAGGCAUUACCUGACAGCUUAACUCAGGUGAUUCGAAAGUUUGCCAAGCAACUGGAUGAGUGGCUAAAAGUGGCUCUCCACGACCUCCCAGAAAACUUGCGAAACAUCAAGUUCGAAUUGUCGAGAAGGUUCUCCCAAAUUCUGAGACGGCAAACAUCACUAAAUCAUCUCUGCCAGGCAUCUCGAACAGUGAUCCACAGUGCAGACAUCACGUUCCAAAUGCUGGAAGACUGGAGGAAUGUAGACCUGAACAGCAUCACCAAGCAAACGCUUUACACCAUGGAAGACUCUCGCGAUGAACAUCGGAAACUCAUCAUCCAAUUAUAUCAGGAGUUUGACCACCUCUUGGAGGAGCAGUCUCCCAUCGAGUCCUACAUUGAGUGGCUGGAUACCAUGGUUGACCGCUGUGUUGUGAAGGUGGCUGCCAAGAGACAAGGGUCCUUGAAGAAGGUGGCCCAGCAGUUCCUCUUGAUGUGGUCCUGUUUUGGCACGAGGGUGAUCCGGGAUAUGACCCUGCACAGCGCCCCCAGCUUCGGGUCUUUUCACCUAAUUCACUUAAUGUUUGAUGACUACGUGCUCUACCUGUUAGAAUCUCUGCACUGUCAGGAGCGGGCCAAUGAGCUCAUGCGAGCCAUGAAGGGAGAAGGAAGCACUGCAGAAGUCCGAGAAGAGAUCAUCUUGACAGAGGCUGCAGAGGCUACUGCGCCAACCCCUUCACCAGUGCCAUCGUUUUCUCCAGCAAAAUCUGCCCCAUCUGUGGAAGUGCCACCUCCCUCUUCCCCUGGUAGCAAUCCAUCCCCUGAGUACACUGGCCUCAGCACUACAGGAGCAAUGCAGUCAUACACAUGGUCUCUAACAUACACAGUGACAACGGCUGCUGGGUCCCCAGCUGAGAACUCCCAACAGCUGCCCUGUAUGAGGAACACUCAUGUGCCUUCUUCCUCCGUCACACACAGGAUACCAGUUUAUCCCCACAGAGAGGAACAUGGAUACACGGGAAGCUAUAACUAUGGGAGCUAUGGCAACCAGCAUCCUCACCCCAUGCAGAGCCAGUAUCCGGCCCUCCCUCAUGACACAGCCAUCUCUGGGCCACUCCACUAUGCCCCUUACCACAGGAGCUCUGCACAGUACCCUUUUAAUAGCCCCACUUCCCGGAUGGAACCUUGUUUGAUGAGCAGUACUCCCAGACUGCAUCCUACCCCAGUCACUCCCCGCUGGCCAGAGGUGCCCUCCGCCAACACGUGCUACACAAGCCCGUCUGUGCAUUCCACGAGGUACGGAAACUCUAGUGACAUGUAUACACCCCUGACAACGCGCAGGAAUUCUGAGUAUGAGCACAUGCAACACUUUCCUGGCUUUGCUUACAUCAACGGAGAGGCCUCUACAGGAUGGGCUAAAUGACUGCUAUCAUAGGCAUCCAUAUUUAAUAUUAAUAAUAAUUAUUAAUAAUAAUAAACCCAACACCCAUCCCCCAGAAGACUUUAUCUCUAUACAUUGUAACUCAUGGGCUAUUCCUAAGUGUCCAUUUUCCUAAUGAACAUGAGGAUGGGAUUCAAUGUGGGAUGAAUAAACUUUAGUUCAGAAACAGGACUUACUAAAAGUCAGCGGGAUUGGGUUUCUGUAGCCAAGCCAGACUUGACUGUUUCUAUAGAGCACUAUCUCGGGCAGGCCAUUCUGUGCCUUUUCCCUCUGUUCCAUGACUUUGCUUUGUGUUGGCAACCACUUCUAGUAAGCUACUGAUUUUCCUGUUGACAAAAUCUCUUUAGUCUUGAAGGAUGGAUACUGGAGACAGAAUGUGGUUUGUGUUCUUGGAUGGGCACAUAAUUUACCAAGAGCAUUCACCUUGCCAUCUGUCUGUCAUCGUACUGUACAAGGAACAGCCCUCAGACGUGUUCUGCACAUCCCUUCUUCCUGGUGGUAUCAUCACUGCUUCCUGGAGCACCAGGGCUAAAUGGGGAGCUAUCUGGAAACUCUAGAUUUUCUGUCAUAACCCACAUCUGUCACAGUACCUGCAUUGUCUUGGAAUGUAAGCACUGUCUUGAGGGAAGGAAGAGGUCUGUUCUGUAUUGCCUUAAGUUGAUUGAGGUUUGUAGGAGACUGGUUCUUCUACAUACAAGGAUUUGUCUUAAGUUUGCACAAUGGCUAGUGUCAGCAAAAGGCAGGAAGGUGUUUUUUUUUUUUUUUUAAGUUCUAUGAGAAUGUGGAUUUAUGGCAUUGAGUAUCACACUCAGCUCUGCUGUGUUAACUUUGUGAAACUGGAUGGAACAAACUUUAACUCACCAAGCACCAAGUGUGAAAAUGACUUUCAUGGUUCCUUCAUAAAACUAUAAUAAUAUCCGACACUUUGAUAGAAAAAAAUUCAAAGCUGUGCCUUUGAGCCUAUACUAUACUGUGUAUGUGUGGAAAUAAAAAUGUAUUGUACUUUUGGAGAAUUUUUUUGUAGGCAUUUUUCUGUCAGAUUUGUAGUAAUUUGUGAGGUUUGUUAGAGAUUAAUAUAGGUUUUCUUUCUGUAUUAUAAAAUGCACCAAGCAAUUAUGGUGGACCUAUUACCCUAUGGGUAAGAAAUAAAUGGAAAUAUGACAUCGGAUGUUUUAGCAAUUGUUCUGUAAAUAAAAUCUUUGAUCACACCACUCAGUGUGAUAAUUGUGUCUACAGCUACAAUGGAAAUAGUUUUAUCUGUACAGUUGUGCAAGAUAUGAAUGGUUUCACACUCAAAUAAAAAAUAUUGAAAUGAC